AUGGAGCGAUAUCAAAAGCCGGGGGAGUCAGUUGAGGAGUUUGCUCAGGCCCUUAGGUGCUUGGUGGAGCGCGCAUAUCCGGACUCCUCGCUGGAAGUGGACCUCUCGGGACUGGCACUAAAUCCAGACAUACGGACUAAUGUGAAAGGCCAGCAUGAGGAGAUGGCAAGGAAAUUUAGGGACGAGCAGUGCCGCGAUCGGUUUCGGGCGGGGUUGAUACCCGAAAUCCGAGAAAAAGUGAUAUUUAUGGAGGACCCUGGGACCUUGUCAGAGGCGAUUUCACAAGCUAGACGGGUGGAAGAAUUGACUGGAGCGAUUAAAGAGGACGUUUGGAGGAGGACUAAGGAAAUAGAAGUUAAAGCGACGCUGGCGGAAGUCAAUGAAAUAAGGGCAAAUAGAAACCAGGAAAAUUGGAAGGGAAGAGAAGGAAAUAAUUAUCAGAAUCAAACCCAAGAUUUUCGACAGUACUCAAAUAGAGGAAAUCAAUGGGGACAGAGAGGAAAUACAGGAUGGAACCGAGGAGCUCAAAAUCGUUGGCAAUCCGGGAACCAGUCUUACCGGGACAAUGAAAAUUCUAGAAAUAAUUACCAAAGGGGACGAGGAUGGAAUAGGAACCCUAAUAUGAUUGACGUACCAAGUUUUCGAGGAAGAGGGACAAGAGGAAGAGGAUCGAGUUUUGCCCGGGGUGCCCGCAUAAACGAAGUAACCUUUCCCUAUAUAUGUCUGUUUGCCGUCAUAUUUCUGCCCAUAAUACAAUGCCAAUUUCAAAUAUGCCCUGAAAAUUACCCUGAGGGGAGUGGGACUAUCAUGGAUUUUCCAGAAGAGCACAACUGUACGAUACCAAUGGAGGAAGCACCCAAAUUAUCGAAAAUCAAUAUUUAUGUCCCAAUAAGGUUGCCAAAGAAAUUCCCAGUUUUUCGGUGCCAUCGUUGGAAUAGGAAUGUUGGCACACGUGGGAUACUCAGUUAUUGCAAAGAAGUGGAGAGAAAGCGUGGCAAACACCGAGCGACUGGCAAAAGGAGUACGCAUUUUUCGGAGUAA